CACCUCACACCGGCGCACGGCGAGCUCAGUUACAGGGGAAGGAACAACAACACACAACACAAGUGAGAGUAGCGUUGCGGGUUGCCGGCGAUGGCGUGGUGGAAGAACGUCGCCCUGGUCGCCGCGGCGUCCCUCGCCGUGGCCGCGGUGGUGUGCGCCGGCGUGGCGGCGGCGAGCAAGUUCGACGACGUGGUGCAGCCCAGCUGGGCCAACGACCACGUCCUGUACGAGGACGACCUCCUCAAGCUCCGCCUCGACAGCUCCUCCGGCGGCGGGUUCGCGUCCAAGAACAGGUUCUUGUACGGCAAGGCGACCGCCGACCUCAAGCUCGUGCCGGGGGACUCCGCCGGCGUCGUCACUGCUUUCUAUGUGACUGUCGUCGGCGGGGGACAAGCACAACGAGUUCGACUUCGAGUUCCUGGGCAACGUCACCGGCGAGCCGUACCUGGUGCAGACCAACCUGUACAUCGACGGCGUGGGCAACCGGGAGCAGCGCAUCGACCUCUGGUUCGACCCCACCGCCGACUUCCACACCUACGCCGUGCUGUGGAACCCCAGCCAGGUCGUCUUCCUCGUCGACGACACCCCCAUCCGCGUCUACGACAACAAGAACGCCACCGCCACCAAGCUCAAGGGCCACCACCGCCACCCCAACGCCACCGCCACCACCCAGGCACAGACGGUGUCGGCCUUCCCGUCGCCGCAUCCCAUGGCGGUGUACAGCUCCAUCUGGAACGCGGACGACUGGGCCACGCGCGGCGGGCUGGUGAAGACGGACUGGUCGCACGCGCCGUUCGUGGCCACGUUCCGGGACGUGCGCGUGGAGGGCUGCGCCUGGGCCGCCAACGCCACCGACUCGGACGCCGGCGAGGUGGCGCGCUGCAGCGGCAGCUCGUGGGGCAAGGAGGGCCGGUACUGGUGGAAGGAGAAGGACAUGCAGGAGCUGUCCGUGCACCAGAGCCACCAGCUGGUGUGGGCGCGCGCGCACCACCUCGUCUACGACUACUGCGUCGACACCGACCGCUUCCCCGUCCAGCCGCCCGAGUGCGCCGGCCGCUGAUCCGCCGCGUCGUCGCCGGCCGCCUCCAUGGGAAGGAAUCUUGAUUAGUGCUCGUAGAAUGGGGAUCCAUGACAUCGAUGGAUCGUUGCAAGCUGCUCGUUUCAGUUUCGAUUUAAGUAGGUCCCGUGCGUGUCUCCGUUGAACUUCGAUCGUGUUUGCUAUCUCUGCCUUGUAGUAGUUCUCUUGUUAUGUGGAGGUGUCUUUUGUAUAAAAUUCGUCCGUGUUUGUUA